GGGUGUCAAUCCCACUUAACGGUGCAGAUCAUCUCCAACCAACACACCGAUACAACGUCCUGCUCUUUUAACAGAGAGACACCAACAUGAUCUUGCUCUUCCUAUUAUUUGGUCUGGCUCUGGGUGCGGAGAAUCCUUCAGAUGAACAUGAUGUGAAGCUACAGCAAGGAAAUUGCACCAUGUCCUGGUUCAGCUUUAACGGCCGCUGCUACAAGUACAUGGCCACACCAAUGACCUGGGCUGAUGCAGAGCUCCACUGUGUGUCAGAGGAAGCCAACCUGGUGUCUAUCCACAGUCUGGAUGAAGAUAAUUUUGUCAAAGCCGUGAUCAAGAACUUUAGUUCCACUAGGCAAGACUCCUGGAUCGGACUCAGUGACACACAGAAGGAAGGAAGAUGGAUGUGGUCUGACGGGUCUGCUGUCAACUUUCUCUUAUGGGCCCCCAGACAGCCAGAUGAUAAAAGUGGAAUGGAAGACUGUGUACACAACAACUUUAUGACUGAUCUGAAAUGGAAUGAUCGACCAUGUUCUUUAUUUUCAUCUUUUGUUUGUGCAUCUCGCAUGUCUCCAGCAACCAAGAUAGUUGUGUACAAUUCAACCUGUUGACUUUGCACCUGUUUUUCUGUUGAAAUGCAUUGGACCACCAAAAUAAAAGUUAAACUGAG